AUGGAACCCUCCCAGGUCAAGAUCCCGCCCAUGAAAGACCUGACGGUGGACAAUAUCACCGAAAACGUCAUCCGCAUGAACUCGCUCUGCGAAGACGAGCGCAUGAAAUACGUCCUCGAGCGCCUCAUCUCGCAUCUACACGACUUCGCCCGCGAAACAAGACUCAGUUCCAAAGAAUGGAUGACAGGUUUACAGUUCUUAACGGAGGUGGGGAAGAUCUGCUCUGAUGUGCGACAGGAAUUCAUCCUCCUCUCUGACAUCCUCGGCCUCUCCAUCCUCGUCGACUCAAUCGACCACCCCAAACCCCCCAACUCAACAGAAGGCACAGUCCUCGGCCCCUUCCACACCCACGAAGCCCAAGAAAUGUCCCCCGGCGACCCCAUCUCCCACGACCCGAAAGGCCAGCCGCUGCUCGUCGUCUGCACCCUCAAAGACACCCAGGGGCGACCCAUCGAAAACGCCAAGAUCGAUAUAUGGGAGACGGAUUCAACGGGCCACUACGAUGUGCAGUAUGCGGAUCGCGAGGGGCCCGACGGUCGGUGCGUGAUGCGCAGUGAUAAGGACGGCGUGUUUUGGUUUAAGGCGAUAACGCCGGUGCCGUAUCCGAUUCCGCAUGAUGGCCCGGUGGGGAAACUUUUGAAGGUGUUGCGGAGGCAUCCGUUUCGGCCUAGUCAUAUGCAUUUUAUGUUUGAGAAGGAGGGGUUUGAUCAUUUGAUUACGGCGCUUUAUCUCAGGAAUGAUCCGUAUGAGACUUCGGAUGCGGUUUUUGGGGUGAAGGAUUCUCUGGUGGUUGAUCAGGGGAAGGCGGGCCCCGAGUAUGCGGAGAAGUAUAAUGUCUCUGAGGAUCAUGCUCUUCUGACGUAUGAUUUUGUUUUGGUGUCCGAUGCUGAGACGAGCGCGUUGCGCGAGCGGAACUCCAAGGUGGCGUUGGAUAACCUGGGUCGUAAGGUGAAGAUUGUGAACGGGCUGCCUGUUCCUGACCUCGAUUAGGUGGGCAUCUUUAGUAGAAGGAACUAUGUGAUGCGAGAUGAAUUAGUAUGGUUGUCAUUUACGUCGUUAUGUACAGUAUAUCAAUGGAAACGUGGCAUCAAUCGCCGCCACGAGGUUCAACCAUAUCUCCAAAAUCAUCCCCAUCGUCGACGGGUAUAGCCGGGCGGAUAUCACCCUCUUUCAAGCGUCGCAGUCCGUCUCCGUCUUCCACCCAGCCGCCGACCUUCUCCACUCCCUCGAUAUACUCCGUGCCAACUUGUAGGUUUAAGCCGGCACUGAGCGUUCGUUCGAUCCUGGUUUCACGAGACUGUGAUAUGAGAGCCCGGAAGACAUGGGCAAGAAACCCGCUCAGGAUAUCAACACUCCAGUCAUCCGGAAUAAGUUGGAGGACCUCGCCCACAUCGAACCACGACCCAAAGCGUGCCAAGAGGUCACUGGUUCGUUCUAUGCAUUCCGAAGGAUCUUGGAUGUGUAGGAACUCGUCAAGCAGAUACCCGAACAGCUCGCACUGAUGUGAUCGGUCAGCAAACUCGGCCGGGGUCUUUGUCGAGCUCGUACUCCGAGGUCCCCCGAAUAGACAGUAUCGAACUGCAGAGUCGUAGUCGCCUAGGCCGUGUGU